CGGAACAUCGGUCUAGUUCUCUGCCCCGCGCGCGGGCACAUAUGUCGGGUUCACGAUCUCGCGCUGCAGUGGGAUCUGACACACUUGGAGGGUCCACUCGAGCUCGGCCUCUUCAGAGACCACCAUCCACAGAGGCUAGCGCAGGGGACCCAGUGACAGCCUUGCCCAGGUGUCUGCUUUUCCCAGACCAGCAGGGAAGGACCAUGUACCAGGGGUCAUUGUCAUUCCAAGAUGUGGUUGUUGGCUUCACCCGGAAGGAGUGGCAGCACCUGGACCCUGCACAGAGGAUGUUAUAUCGGGAUGUGAUGCUGGAAAACUACAGCCACCUGGUCUCAGUGGCAGGGUGUCAAGUCACCAAACCAGCUGUGAUCUCUAGGUUGGAGCAGGGGCAAGAACCAUGGAUGGAAGAGGAAGAAAUAUUCUCAUGGAGUUUUCCAGUUUGCACCCAGAAGAGGCCAGGAACCUGGUCAUCUCAGACUGGAUUGAUUGCUGUAGAUGAUGGGGAUAGAAGCCAUCAUCAUCAUCACCGUUGUCACCAAACAACCGUCAUCACCACCAUCGUCACCACCACUGGAAAGUACCCGAAAGUGCUAAAGAACAAAACCCAACAACAGGGAUACUUGGUUUUGUUUGGGAACUAA